GUUUAAUAUAUUUUAUGACUUAUGUCAAAAAUAAAAUUGAAAUCGACGAUAUUGUGAUUUGUGGACUUGUGGUUGAAUUUGAGUGUUGUUUAAAUUUCUAAACAUACAAUUACCAAUACAUUUAAAAAUGAACUCCUAUUCCUGCGAUUUAUGUGGAAAAUUUAAAGGAUUAUUAAACAAUACCAAUUGGGCACGCCACACUGAAGCUUGCAAAAACAAAAAAAGAAAGUUAAAGCAUAUGCAAGAUAUUUCAAGUUUUUUUUCUACAAACAGAGAAAAUAAUCGAAGUGAUAAUAAAGAACCUCUACCAGCUGUAAAAGAGAUAGAAAAUAUUGAUGCUUGUGUUCAAUCACUUCAAACUGAUAUUUUAGAACCUCGUCCAGCUAUAGAAGAGAUAGAAAAUAUUGAUGCUUGUGUUCAAUCACUUCAAACAGAUAUUUUACGUUGCUGUCCCAUUCAUUAAAAUAGUUCGCGCCGCCACUGAUGUGAUUUCAGAUUUGAUGACUAGAUAUUGUUGAAGAAAAUCGAAGCAGUUUUACUGCUUACUCAAACGGUGAUAACAGACUCAAAAAUAAAAAAUAAAAAAACACAUAUCAUUGUAAAAUCAAUGCAUUAAUCGCUUCGCUCAGAAUCUAAAAUAAAAUUUUGGCCAAGUAGAUAUUAUUACCUAGUACAUAUAACUUAUAAAUAUUUUAAUUUUUAGAAAAAUGUUGGUCUUAACGACUUAAAACUGUGUAAUAAUUUGAAAAUCUAAACAUUUUUUUUUUAUUUUAAAUCAUUUACUUACACAAAAUAAAACGGUUACUAUAGUUUACUAUAACAUGAAAUACCUAGGUACAUAUUCAUCGCUCCGCUCAGAAUUUAAAAAAAAUAAAAAGUAUUGUACAAUGUUAACGCACAAUAAUCUUACACGUGUAUAUUCUUCAUGAAAAGGUAUUUUGUAUAGGUAUUCGAGAUUCGUGUUAAUAUCCUAGUAUUUUAUAAUAGGUAUUAAACUAUAGUAACUAUAAAUAAUACCUAUACAAUAAUUGGUAUACCUACCUAAUGUCUAAUAUAAUAUAUUAGGUAUAUUUUAACGCAAAGGUGUAGCUUCGGGUAUAGCACUAUAGCCGUACAGCUAGCCGAAAUUGUAAGGAAUAUUUUUAUACAAUUUAAGUUUAAUACUACAAACAUUAUCCAGGAAUAGGAUUAUUUAUAUGAUCCAUUAUCGAUCUAUAUUCUAUCUAGUACUAUAGAUAAGAUUCAUCAUGGUUCACGUAUGGUCGUAUGGACUAUGGACACUUACAUUUUUUAAAUUAGCUAUUAUUUUAUAGUAUUUAUGACGACAAAUUAUUUAAAAUGCACCAUCAAAUAUUAUAUUAUAUAUAUUUUUUUUAAUAUUACUAUUGAAUAAUUUGUAUAUUGUAUGAAUAUUGUAUAUGUAUUCGCCAAAAUUACUAUCUACUGAAAUAAAUAAAUUUGAAAUACAUGUAAGUAAAAACAC